GAGGCCUUGAGGACUAUAGCGAGCACGUUAAAGAAGACAACUUGGAAUUUUAGCUUGAACCCAUGUGAAGGUGUAGGUGGAUGGAGAAAUCCAAACCCUAUUGAAGGAUCAGAAGACGCUGUCACUUGCGAUUGCUCUUUCCUUAAUGGAACCGUAUGCCAUGUUACAAGCAUACUUUUGAAGACUCAAGAUCUUCAAGGGUCUCUCCCCAAGGAGCUUAUAGAUCUUCCUUACUUGCAAGAGAUUAAUCUCGCCCGGAACUAUCUCAACGGUUCAAUCCCUCCGGAAUGGGGAGCUUUGCCGCUCAUCAACAUAACACUCCUUGGAAACCGGUUAACUGGUCCAAUCCCUAAAGAGUUUGGAAACAUUUCUACUCUUAGAAGCCUUGCCGUGGAUAGCAAUCAGCUAUCUGGCACAUUACCCUCAGAGCUCGGGAGUCUAUCAAACCUUCAGCGAUUGUUUCUUAACUCAAAUAACUUCAGCGGAGAUAUUCCAACUACAUUUGCAAAACUGACCAACUUGACUGACUUACGUAUAAGCGACAAUCGUUUCUAUGGUCUUCAUAUAAACUGUGGUGGAGAGGAUGUGAUAAUCAAUGGUACUAAGUACCAAGCUGAUAUGUAUGAUAGAGCCCCACAUUAUUUCGAAAGCACAAUAAAUGGUUGGGUUUCAAGCAACACGGCCAACUUUAUAGAUGAUCAUCGAGUUCCCGAGGGAGUAACUAUUUGGAAUAAUACAUCGGAGCUCAAGAUGAUAGAUCCUCGACUGUAUGGACAAGCUCGCCUCUCACCCGUCUCAUUCACUUAUUAUGCAAUGUGUAUCGUAAAUGGAAAUUACGAUGUGAAUCUCCAUUUUGCCGAGAUCAUGUUCAGUGGUAACCAAACUUACAAGAGUUUGGGUAGACGCAUCUUCGACAUAUACAUUCAGGGAAAGCUCAUGUUGAAGGAUUUCAACAUCGUAGAGGAGGCAAACGGUGUCGGAAAACUUGUUGUUAAGACAUUUCCGGUAACGAUUACAGAUGGGAAUUUGGAGAUACGGUUGUUCUCGGCGGGGAAAGGAACUGUAACUAUUCCCGACAAAGGUGUUUACGGUCCCCUCAUAUCGGCUAUUUCUGUGGAUCCA